AUGGCUCCGGUCCUCCGGUUCUGCUGCCUGCUGCUCCUGCUGGUCCUGCCCGCCGUCCGGGGCUCCUUUCCCCGCAGCGGGGCGGACUGCGGCCCCGGGAAGACCUCCGACUGUCCAGACCUGUCAGAGAAGAAGAGCGACCUGAGAGUGUGUGACGCCGGAACGUGUCUUGGAGGAAACUGUAGAGAGAACGGAGCCGACAUCAAGUGUGUGUGUCAGUUCCACUGCCAUAAGAAGUACGUUCCUGUGUGCGGCUCCAACGGAGACACGUAUCAGAACGAGUGUUUCCUGAGGAGGGCGGCCUGCAAGAAGCAGAGAGCCAUCACCAUCGUAUCCGAGGGACCCUGUUACCACGACGGCGGCUCAGGAUCUGGAGAUGGAGAUGACGAAGGCUCCGGUCGUGGAAAAAAGACCUCGAAAUGUGGAAACUGCAAGUUUGGAGCCGAGUGUGACGAAGACUCUGAGGACGUUCUCUGCAUGUGUAACAUCGUGUGUAACGGCCACAAUGACAACCCGGUGUGCGGCAGCGACGGCGUCACCUACGACACGCCGUGCCACGUCCGUGAGGCGUCCUGCCUCAAGCAGCUCAAGAUCGACAUCAAGCACGUGGGCCGUUGCCAAGAUAAGAGCAGGAAGGACGACGGCAUGAAAAGCAAACCAGACAUCUACGCUGUGUCCAAGCCUGGUGAGGGGGAGGGGUUUGUGGACAGCCCCGCCCCCUGUCCAGAAGACUACGCCCACUUCUGUGAACACGGUCACUGUGAGAUGAGACACAACCUGCCCACCUGCAGUUGUGAGUCUGCGUACGGCGGGCCCCAGUGCGACCAGCUGCUGGACUUCAACGUGCUCUACGUUGUACCCAGUGGUCAGAAGCUGCACUACGUCCUCAUCGCCGCCAUCAUCGGCGCCGUGCAGAUCGCCGUCAUUGUGGCCGUGGUCAUGUGCUUCACCAGGAGGUGCAACAAGACGAAGCGAGGACGCCGUCAGAAGCAGCAUCUGGGACACUUUCCGUCCGGGACGUCCUCCAGGAUGAUGUAGUUCUCACAGAUCCAGCCGGUCCUCUUUUCCUACCACAGACUGCGUUUUUUAUAUCUCCACUUUUUGGUGCCUCUUUUGUUUUCGCCCGUUUUUUCUUAGAAAUGAUUUGUGAAUUUCUGAAGGGGCCUUAUUUUUCAGAUUCACCUUCUGUCUGCUUUGUGUUCUCGGACCGUGACCCACCGGAAACACGGCGUCUUUCUGUCCUCACCCUGUGGGACGCAAACCGUCCAUCUCCAACGUAAAGGCUGUGAGAUGUCCAGGAGAUUUCUUCUUCUGGUUCGACCUCAGAUCUCUGCGGAGCAUCGAGCUGUCUGACCUCAGUGGAGCUUUUUGUCCACUUCCUGUUCUGCUCUCUUCACGUUUCUUCACCAGAAUGAAGCUUUUCUGGUGUUAAAUCUGGACGUUUCCACAGACAGAUUGAUCUUCACACAUUAAACACGUCCAGAGAUCAGUCAGAGCAGCAGGGUGGAUCUCUGAGUCUGAAGAACAUCUGAGGAACCAUCAGAGAUAAGAACCUCAAAGAUCCUCAUGGUGUCGCUGAUCCAGGAUCUGUGGUGUUGGACAGCAGACCGAUGAUGUCGGAUUCUGGAUUUGUUGGUUCCUCAGAUGUUCUUCAGACUCCGGUUAGAGAUCAAACCCACUGGAAGGAUGGAUGGUGUUUUUAGGGACCAAACUGCCGGCUCCUAGGGGGCGCUCUGCUGCACCGGGGACCACGGCGCCCCCUCCAGGAGCUCCGGCGUCGCUGCGUCUCACGGGGUUCCUGACCAACCAAAAUGCUGUUUUUUCUACUGUACAGACGUUGUGGGGUUUGUUCUGUUUGUUUGUGCUCCGAGCAGCUGCCGGUAAUUUAAACGUGUUUGUGAGUAGCGACGGUACGACGGUCCGCCAGAAGAGUAGAUGUCUGCAUGAAGCCGUGACGUGAUGUUUACUGUAGCUAGAAUUAAAGGUCCUGUUGGAACCCGA